AUUCCUAACGCUAUUUAGAGUGCAUGCUGUUCGCCGGCUGGCGUCUGCAGACAAAAGAGCGGACAUGGGUGGGAUUUAAAUGGGAGGGGAUCAGCUGUGUGAAGAAUGGGAUGCAUUGUCGAUUUCACCCCUGCUAUCAAAUGAUGCAUUCUUUUGGGAAAUCCGUCUAUGAAUUGUGUAGUUUUUCUGUCGAUGUGUCUGUAAAGGCGGUGCGGUGAUAUAGGAUGAGCUCGAUGCAUAUCCACUGAGAUUAUCGGUGCGCUGUCAUGCAAAAGACAGAGACAACCCCCCUUCUUGAACGCAUCUAUCACGCUUUGUUUGUCAUCUAUCUAGAGCGAUGUAGUCUCUGUCUCUUCAGAUGGAUAAUGCCAUCAGAUCAACGAUAAUGUGAUAUUUAGGAGAUUUUUUUUAUCAGUCAUCAUCACACAGAAAGCGACUGUGCAGAAUCUAGGCCAGGAUCCCUGUAAGGAGUGCAUUAUUGUGCCUGUAGAAAAGCAAAGCGGCUGUAUAAUAUCUCUCUCUGUUUGUGUUUGUGUGUGCUUUUAUCACUUUGCUGUCAGCUGGAAAUCUUCCUUAGAUUGAACACUUACACAUAAUGGGUGGACAUUGGCUGUGCUGCUCAGGACUUCACUACUAGUCUCCAUAUAAACCCAUCAUAAAGUUGCCUAUAAGAGUCAAAGUGUUUUCUGGAUCAGGUGAGAGCAUGGCACAGGUAGAGGAGUCUCACACAGAAGGAGAUGGCAGCCCCCAGAUCGUCUCCUUAAGAUCGGACAUAUCGGGGAACCAUGUGGACGACGGAGAAGCGGGGCCCUCCAUAAGGAGGAAGAGGAGGAAGAAGAAAGACCCGCGUCCAGAGUCCAUUAUUGUUUACCGCUCUGAGAUGGAGAGGGCGCCUGGAGAGGACCAAGGCGGUGAGGAGGGAGCAGAGAGGAGCUCAGAGGAGGGAGCUAAAUUCCUCUGCACACCUACAGGCGAAGGAGGAGGAUGGAGUCUUCCUCCAGACAGCCGCUACGUAACCCUGACAGGCACCAUCACCCGAGGGAAGAAGAAGGGCCAGUUAGUCGACAUUCACCUCACUCUGACGGAGAGGGAAAUCAGGGAUCUGGCCAAGUCGAAGGAACGUCUUGAUGCAGAGUGCGAGGCGGGGGACGGCGCUAGACGCACCUGCAGCUUCGGCGUGUGCCAGGGACCCCAUGUCGUCCUGUGGAGCCUCUCCUGUGCCCCCGUGAUUUUCCUCCUCUCCUUCAUCACUUCCUUCUACUACGGCACUCUGACCUGGUACAAUGUCUUCCUGGUGUACAAUGAGGAGCGGACGUUCUGGCACAAGAUUACAAUAUGCCCGUUCCUCAUCAUCUUCUACCCCAUGCUCAUCAUGCCCAUGGCGCUGUCUCUGGCUCUGUACUCCGCCGUGGUGCAGGUGUCCUGGGCCUUCAGCGAGUGGUGGCAAGAUGUGAGAGACCUGGAGAAAGGCUUCUGCGGCUGGGCCUGUGGGAAGCUGGGACUGGAGGACUGUUCCCCCUAUAGCAUAGUGGAGCUGCUUGACUCUGAUACUGUUUGUGGCACUCUGCAGAGCAAGGCCCCCAGUGAACUCGCCCAGACAUCCUCGGUGUGAUGGGCGCUGAGGUCCAAGGCUCAUGUUGGUGUAGACCUAAGUCCGAGUGAUAUGACAAACAUGCUAGAACGUUUGAGUCUGCUGUUUACUUUUCUGUAAAUGAAAACCUACCAAACACUGCCUAAAUUAUCCUGAAAUGCUGAAGUAUUGCGCAUAAUUUAUUUAAACAUUACUGGAUCCAGAUCACUAUAAAUGAUUCCCUUUAGCAUGGGAUGGUAACUCUUGGUAGAAGAGUUAUCCUCCAAUCACUGAAUCCUGUUCAUGACCUAGGCCUUGCUGCUUCCUGUAGUGAAGUUUAGAUAAACUGGCGGUGGACACAGAUGCACACGGUGUUUGAGGCCUGGAAGUCAAACUAAGUUUCACUUCAUCUGUAAAUAUCUGUAAUUAAGUGUGAUCACUGAGUUGUGCACUGACAUCAAAAUGAAGAUGCAUUUCAAAGGCGACGCUGUCUCAUAUGUGAAGCCAUAUUCAGGACAAGGGAAACAUUUCUUUGGUGAAGUAACAUUUUUCAUUGUCUUCUAAUGCUCCAUCAACACAGAUGUUUGUGAUCUUCAUGUACUUGUGUUUUUCUCACAAUCUUGUUUCACACGUGAGCAAAAUGAAGUUCACUGUAAUUUUCCACCUGUGAGUUCCUGUUACAUUUCCACACAGUCAUAUUUUAAAGUUGAUUUAAUUUAUUUUUUAAAUAUUUAUGUCUAGUACACUUCCUGAACUUUGUUCUAGCUAGAUGUUUUAUACUCUGGUUUUUGAAGUAAAUGUGUUGCAAACAGCUCUCAUGCACUGGUUGAAAUGCAUAGCUGGUUUAAGUAGAUCAGAUUAAAUAUUUGAUCAUUCUGAUGUUUUUGAUCAGACCUGACUGGGUGGAUCAGUGGUUGUGGAUUGAGUCUGUAUUGCACAUUACAUGUUGUGAAACAGGAUGCAAAGUAAAGAAAUACACAAAUUAAAUAAAGUGUUAUGUCAUUACAUUACAACUGUGUGAACAUUUUAAAAUCUAAAUUGUGGAAAACAAAACCAGCAGGUUAAUGUUUUCUGGUGUGGUUCAUUAUGUCUCAGAAAAGCAUACAUCCCAGCAUGGUGCAAAUAGAUGCAGAUGGCUUUCUGGGGUUUGGGAGAUGUGAUUAUUGGCCCCCUGGUGUUACACUGGGAUGCUUACUGAAGAAAAUCCAUAUGCCACAAAACAGUAGGCUAUAGCACUGCCAGGGUCGAUACGUAU